AUGACGUCUUCAGCGCCAAACGCUCACCAGCAGCAAUCACCCACGGCUUCGCGAGGCGAUCGGCCGCUUAGCUUCUACGACAACCUGUCGAACUCCUCGACCGGUGGACGAAUAAUCCAGUUCCCCGACAUCCAAUUCCGAUUCAAUGAAAAUAUUCCCGAUCGACGCUCGGUGCAUAGCAGCGCCAAAUCAGACUUUUUUGGACUCAGUCCCGCUGCACCGGCGACUGACCGGCUUAGCCUUACCACGAACGCUGGGGAGGAAACAGAUCAUUCGCCGAGAAACACUGUCGUCAGUUCGCCCAAUAACCCGAGCAGAUCGUUCGACAAUGGCGCUGGAGGUAUUGCUGGUGUGUCCGCUUCUUCGCCAACGUCCAGUGGUGGUUCGUCUACCGCACCAAUGCAUUCACCUUCGGUGUCACCUUCCAGCAUAACGGAAAUGGCCACCGAUGCGGCCACCAGCACACCACGCUGCUCGCGACCCAACUCCACCAUCAAAACCAUCACCAUCAAACUGCCCGACACUACUAGCCCGUCAGAGGCCGUAUACAUGACAACGACUGUGCCGCAAAACUUCACCAAAAAUGCUAAUACGCUCAUCGGUCGCCACAAGCCAACGCGCAGCAGCCUCCGACACAGCCGGAUGCUGGUGGUAAACAAAACAAUACCGGUGCGGUAUCCACCCGGCAACUCGUUAAACUUGCGCCACCUGCGUCUCUGCCGAACGUUGAUGAUCUUGCAGAUUUUGAUCGGUUUGAUGCUAAACAUCAUCGGCCUUGCGAUCAUGGUGUGGUCACCGUCCACCAACACCAAGGAUAAUCCGUACUGGUCUGGGCUGAUUCUUAUUCUAUGUGGAGUACUGUUUUUAGUACUGUUCCAGUUUAAACGUGGUCGAAACAGUACCGACAAAGGUGCUCAAAAUGGGUCCCGAAUGCAACAGCCGCAAUCCCAAUGGCAGGAAAAUUGCUUUCACUUUUUGCGUGUAAACGCCCUAAUCGUGCUAUUGCUGACCAUCUUCUUUACCAUGCUCGCCUUCAUCUACGCGCUGAUACAUGCGACCAACCUGUCUGCCGCGGGCCUACGUUGCGAACCACAAUUUACUUUUAACGUCAACUCGUCCACCUGCGUUUGUACGAUCGAUACUCGCCCGGCCAGCACAACUGCAUCACCUUUGGUAGCAAACAUGACAAAUCCAUCGGAUGAUGGUGGGUUCAAUGAAACUUCCCCCAUUUCCGGUAGCAGUCCUUUCAAUUUCAUGAAUGGAGACGACUCGCGGGUACCCGAAGGUGUGAUACGUCUCGAGUAUCGCGACUUUAACUGUAAUGAAGUGCACAGCAUCUGGUACUACGUGAUGAUUAUCUCAACGCUGCUAAACAGCGUCGGGUGUUUGCUGGCAACCAUAUUCCUAGUCAUCUACAGCAUCGAGUGCAUGCGACGAUCAGAUCGUCAAUCGCACCGUGCAAAGAAUGGAGAAACAGGCGAAUGCAUGAUGGUAAAUGCUAUCACGGCAACAAACAACCCCAUUCCGGGUCAUCCAUCCGCACCAAAUAGCGCACCGGAUGCAGCGACCCUACCGCUCUUAACGGUCGCCACACAAACAUCUCGCGUAACCGAAAGCCCGGAUACCAGCCUGUUCAGUACCAAUAGCAAUAACAAGCAAGGAACGGGUUACACCGACACAACUGUUGAGGAAAACACAAUAACGACGCUUCUUUCCGACGAGGAAGACAAAACAUUAAUAUCUUGA